AUGUAUAUUUAUAAUCGCGUUUCUUGUACAGAGCACAUGGGGUGUGACUUCCCUAGUCAGCUCCAUCUGUGACUUUUAAUGCUCGCAAGAUAAGUCAUUUGGGCCAUUAGACGUGAUGACAUCGGAAGAUCUGAGGACUUGGCCGAGCUGCAUCCAUGGACGGCGAGGCUUCUUCUCCAGAGGGAGGUUGCUUGGUUGACGGGGAAGCGGUGGAUUUAUUGGAGGAGUAUUGGUUCUUCGGCAACCUGCUUCAGAGGAAGAACGGGAACGCCAUCAUGUCGAGAUGCUUCUCUGAUCCUUGCCCUUCGGUCAAUGAUGAAGCCCGAAAAGCAUUAGCCGGGAACCGGCAGUCGAAUGGCUCGAGUCCUCCUUCGCCGAGGAAGACGGAUUCGGAAGGCAUUGGUCAUUUUCGAGCCGAUGCCUUUCGGACUCCUCCGGUCCUGCACGGAGAAGCUAGAGACGAAGCAGAGCAAGUGCAGGUCGAUGAUGGGACGCCCGAAGAAGUGCCUGUCUCAGCUGAAUUGCCAACUCUAAGCAAGGAAGGAGUUCGAGAGAGGAAAUGCGAUUCAAAGGAAGGCAGUUUGGUCAAGCACAAGCACAAGCAGCCGCCGCGCCCGGUUCUUCUUAGGGCGCCGUCUCUACCCCCUUGUAUAGGGAGAGACCAGGCAUUCGAAGGAAGAGAGAAUUUUCCUAGGAUGAUCAAACCGAGUAGGCAAGCCUCCCUUAACUUGUCCGAGUUCCUGCCACCACGGCAUACUCCGAAGGGAAUGACACAGAGUGCUCAAGAAAGUGCUAUAGCUUUUAACAAGGAGAUGAGGCGAAGAUACCUAACCAAGAGCAACUCGAGGAAGAGCCUGACCGAUCUCGAAGACGAAGAGGUGCAAGGCUUCAAGGAAUUGGGUUUUUCAUUUGACAGGAAGCACUUAAACCCGAAUCUCGUCAACUUACUUCCAGGUUUGCAAGUGAAGACCCAGGAGAAUGAGGAUGCCGAAAGGAACGAGGGUCCGUAUCUUUCUGAAGAGUGGCUCGUGCAAAGCUACGCUCCUACAGUCCCAAAGUGGAACGCCAAGGGCGGUUCACCGGAAGAUGUGAAAGCUCAGAUCAAGUCUUGGGCCAGAGUUGUGGCAUCGAAUGUGCGUCAAGAAUGCUGAAACUGGAUAGAUAAAUUAACUGCUAAUUCCGAUACUAAUGUGAUUGUGAUGAAGAUUCAGAUUGAUU